AUGUUUCAAUAAGGAAUUAAAAUCUUUUAUAAACUUCAUUUAUUUAUUUAUUUUAAUGUAGAAUAAAAGUAUUAUAGAGGAAAUAUAAAUGGCGUGAAUUAAUAAUAUCACACACCUGUGGGAUAUCAUGGGCUAGGAUUAAAAGUUCUUGACAAUGGAAUUUAUCCUAACGAUGGAUGGUUAAAUGAAGAUACAUCUGAUGCCACAUGGAUUGUGCUUUUUCAUUCUACAUAUCCAUAAUUUGUUAAAAAAAUUAUAUAAGAAGGGUUCAAAGCAGGAAAUGGUUAAGCUUAUAGAGCUUGCGAAUGUCGAUUUGGAAGAGGUAAAGUUGGUACUGGCGUUUAUUUUUCAAAUAAAAUAGAGAAAUGUUAAUAGUUUGGUGAUUCUAUCUAGGUUGGAGAUAAAUUUUACAGGCUUAUAUUUUAGUGCAGAGUUAAUCCUAAAACUGUAAAAAGCCCAAAAGAUAGAGAAGAAUACUAUAUCUGUAAUAAUCCAAAAGAUGCUAGACCUUACAGAAUAUUAAUCUAAGAAUAUAUUAAGGAUAAAGAUAAAAAAAAUUGA